AUGGCUUCUCGACUCCCCUUUCACCGUCUGGCUCGGAGCACCCAGGCUUUCCGCACUGUUUCUUUCGGUCGCCCCAGAAACUUCGCCUCGAAUGCGCUCCAAAGAAAUGCUAAAGUGGCCUGUCGGCUGAACCCGGCUCUGCAACGGUUUACGGGUUUGGGCUUCACCAACCCUACUGCUACUCCCUUCGGAGCCCACCAAGUUAGAACCUAUGCGGACACUGUUGUCAAGGUCCCACAGAUGGCCGAGUCUAUCACCGAAGGCACCCUGAAGCAGUUUUCGAAACAGGUCGGGGAUUACGUUGAACGAGAUGAGGAGAUUGCGACAAUUGAAACUGACAAGAUUGACGUCUCCGUCAAUGCUCCAGAGUCUGGCACGAUCAAGGAGUUCCUGGUGAGCGAGGAGGACACCGUUACGGUUGGUCAGGACCUUGUUAGACUGGAGCUCGGAGGUGCCCCGGAAGCGAAGAAAGAAGAGGAGGCAUCUCAACAGUCUGCAGAACCAGCUAGUCCCAAGAAACCCACGGCUUCGGAGCCAGAGCAAGCAAAGACGUCUGAGGCACCAAAAGCGCCCACUCCCGAGAAGCCCGCCGCCAAGGCAAAUGAACCCGAGAAAUCGCAGCCCGCGGCACCUAAGUCCCAGGCUCCCGAGGACAGCAAACCCAGCAUUGGGGGCCGUGAAGAGCGGAGGGUGAAGAUGAACAGAAUGAGAUUGAGAAUCGCCGAGCGCUUGAAGCAGUCUCAGAACACGGCAGCCUCCCUCACCACUUUUAACGAGGUGGACAUGUCGUCACUCAUGGAGUUCAGGAAGCUCUACAAGGACGAUGUGCUGAAGAAGACCGGUGUCAAGCUGGGAUUCAUGAGCGCUUUUUCUCGUGCAUGCGUCCUAGCUAUGAAAGAUGUCCCUGCAGUCAAUGCAUCCAUUGAAGGGCCGAAUGGCGGUGACACCAUUGUCUAUCGAGACUAUGUCGAUAUCAGUGUAGCCGUCGCCACUGAAAAGGGUCUUGUGACACCGGUGGUCCGUAACGCGGAGAACAUGGACCUUGUCGGCAUUGAGAAGUCCAUUGCAGACCUCGGCAAGAAGGCCCGUGACAACAAGUUGACGAUCGAGGACAUGGCCGGAGGUUCUUUCACCAUCAGCAAUGGCGGUGUUUUCGGCUCUCUCAUGGGCACGCCGAUCAUUAAUCUUCCACAGACGGCCGUUCUUGGACUUCAUGCCAUCAAGGACAAGCCUGUUGCCGUCAACGGUAAAGUCGAAAUUCGCCCUAUGAUGUAUCUUGCUCUGACUUACGAUCACCGCCUUUUGGAUGGCCGGGAGGCUGUCACUUUCCUUGUCAAGGUCAAGGAAUACAUUGAAGACCCCCGUCGCAUGCUUCUGGGCUAA